AUGUCUGAAACCAAUGAUGGUGGACCUUCUUUUUCACAAUUUCCCUGCUUUUCAAGCUCAAAUCACUCUCAAGUAACUUAUACUGAAGCUGUCCCCAUCCGUUGUGUUGCUCCUAUUAGUGUUACUGAACCACACACCAACAAGAAAAACAAACUUUCUUCCAAGAACAAGAACAAGUCUUGUUCAAUUUCUAAAAAGUCCAAGAAAAAAACCAUUCUAAAACCAAAUGUGGAGAGAAAGAAUCUGGAUGCUAGUUUUGAUGAUUCCAAAAUUGACUUUUCAAAGGUACCUCCUCCUAUAUGUUCUUGCACAGGUGUUCCUAGACAAUGCCACAAAUGUGGGGUUAACGGGUGGCAAUCUUCUUGUUGUAACUCUAAGAUAUCGGUUUUCCCCCUUCCAAUGAGUCCAUGGAGGCCAGGGGCACGUGUGGGUGGAAGAAAAAUGAGCCAUGGUGCAUAUCGGAAGCUACUUUGUAAGCUUGCAAGUGAAGGUCAAGAUCUUUCUCAUCCAGUUGACUUGAAACCACAUUGGGCCAAACAUGGCACUAACAACUUUGUUACAAUCAAGUAA